UCACCAAGGUCCUCGGUGUGUAAACAUCCGUAAACAGCAGUCUGUAAGAGUGACUGAAAUCUAGUGAAAUGACUCACAUUUCAGUUGCGCAAAACCAGGCAACGGAGAGGAGACGCCGAGCAACCAAAACACAAAUAUGGUCAAACAAGUGGUAACGACAAUAUGUUUUGUUCUUUUUCACCUCGUUAUAAGUUACUGGGCGUUUAUGUCCUCAUGCAGCCUCCACUCAUCCACAAAACCCAGCAUACCAGCGAUCGCCAGGUAUUUUGGCACCAAGGGUCGCUAUGAGGACGUUAACUCGUGGUUAAUCGACGACAUUUUAGCCAUAAACAAAUCCCUCGUAACGCUGCCUUCCCCGAAAUGUAGCGAGAUUCAUUUAACAGCUAUAAUCAGGCACGGGACGAGGUUCCCGACCACCAAAAACAUCCAGAAGAUGCGGGAAUUUUACGAUUUGGUGAAGCUUAACGCGACGGACGACUUAACCUGUUUGUCAGAAAUCAAGUCUCAGUGGAAGAUGUGGUACACGGAUGAGAUGGACGGCAGACUGGUGGAAAAGGGCCGUGAGGAUCACAAGCACCUGGCGCAGAGACUUAUCAAAUGGUUCCCCUCUUUGCUGAAUGGGGAAAAUGUGCAUGGUAAACGCGUGAAACUGAUUACCAGCUCCAAGCACAGGUGUGUGAACAGUACCAUCGCUUUCAGAGAGGGACUAAUGACAGGACUCAAAAUAGCAGUUGAAUUGGAGCCUGAAUUGAAUGACGCUUUAAUGCGUUACUUUGACCAGUGUGAGCGGUUUGUAAAAGAAGUGGAGAACAACAAGAGUGCCUUGGAAGAAGUGAAGCAUUUUAAUGAAGGCCCCGAGAUGAAGAGAGUGAUGGAGAAAAUGGCUGACAGGCUGGAUGUCCCGUACUCCAGCAUCAAUGAUGAUUCAGUGGAAGCAGCGUUUUACCUGUGUGCAUAUGAAUUUGCCAUUCUCAGUGUGAACUCACCCUGGUGCCAACUCUUUGAUGAAGUAGAUGCACAGGUGAUGGAGUACUCCAAUGACCUAAAACAGUACUGGAAACGAAGCUACGGACAUGACAUAAACAGCAAGUCCAGCUGCAUCCUCUUCCAUGAUCUUUUCUAUCGACUUGACCGGGUUGUUGACCAGAUAAACUCAGAUGUUCCAGUAACAGAGGCUGUAACAGUGCAGGUUGGUCACGCUGAGACUCUGAUCCCUCUCCUCACCCUGCUGGAUCUGUUCAAGGAUGACGUUCCUCUCAGCUCGACUAACUUUAAUACUCAGCAGAACAGAGUAUUUCGAAGUGGCCGCAUCACGCCAUACGCUGCCAACCUGCUGGUGGUGCUGUAUAGAUGUCCAGAGGGGAUCCGAAUGGGAGUGCGACUCAAUGAGAAAUCUUUGACCUUACCUGGACUCAGCGAGCCCGUGCCCAUGUAUGAGGAUGUUAAGAAACACUACAGCUCUCUGCUGGGAGGUUGUGACCAAGAGACUGUGUGUAAAAUUAACAGUUCAUGAACAUAAAACAGCAACACAACUCACUAAGGCCAGCUCACUGACACUUUCAUAGAAGCAAGAACUGUCUAAAAGAAAACUAAUUUGACUGAUGACAGAAACUAAAAUUUACUAUAACUUUUAGAAAUGUUAAAGCUAAUUUUAUCAGUAUUGCUUGCCUAUGGAAUGGACUGUAUUUGUGGACUUAGCAACCAAUUUUGACACUUCUAAUGCAAAAUAUAUCAGCACUUUAGUAAAGGUAUUUACGAUUUUAGAUAUUUUACAUUUUAUUUUAUAGGUUACAUAAUUGUAGGUAAAUUAGGUCUGCUGCAUUUUUAAAUGAAGAACCAGUGAUUGUACAUUGUUUACAGGUCUGCUUUUGAAAUUGCUGGUUUGAGGCAUCAGUUCUUGCUUACUACACAAUUUCUGCUAAUGCCUUGGUCAGUGGUAUGUAAUAUCUAUUCAGACCAAAGUUUACUUUUGGCCAACAUCUAAUGUUUGUUUUGGUUUUAUUUGAAGAUCAUAUCUUGUAUGUGUAUAUAUAUAUAUAUAUAUAUAUAUAUAUAUAUAUAUAUAUAAAACCUCUAAUUUAGCAGACUGAACUUGCAUGCCAUUCCGUUCUUAUUAAAUGAAGGGACAAAAAGUGAAGGCUAUAUAUUUAGAUUAAAUCUUUUUUCUCUGAAAAGCACAUUUUAUAUA